AUGGCGGAUAGUUAUCAGAGCCGCAUUCAAGAGAUUACUCGGAAACUGCAGACGGAGCAGCGUGUCAAGGAUGCCACAACCGUGAUGAGGACGCGGCAUACCAAUCCUACGGCCAUUGCUCAGUGCGAGAUUACACUGCAGGAAUCCCAAAAGCGCAUCGACUAUCUGACAAAGGAGAUCGAGAAGCUGCAAAUCCGACAAUCUCACCAGCAACAACAGCAGCGUAUCCAACACCAACAGCAGCAACAACAGCAGCAACAUCAACAACAACAACAACAUCAACAGCAACAGCAACAACAAAAGCCCAACAGCUUCCAGGGCCAUGAAUACGCCUCCGUGUCGGACUCGAGUAUGGAUCCCAUUCUGACAGGGGAGGACGACUACAAAGACCGGGAUCUGGUCUCAAACUCCGGUAUUUACCUUGCUGGCGACUUUGGACCUAUUCCAGUCAUCCAGCCGAGUUACUCGUCUGUCACGGGGUCGACCGUCUCACUGGGCUCGGGCACCACAAUGGACUCACCUCACCUGGACCAAGCCCUGCUGGAAUUACCCAAGCGACCAGCCUACACCAAUCUUGGCAAGUGGAAAAACGCAAAUUACUCGAUAAUUGCGCUGGCUCAGAAAAUGACGCCGGCGCCUGUCAAAUAUCUCCUCAAGUCCAGCACGCCAAUUACCACAGCAAAGAUCUCUAACAAGCUUCGUGACCUGGCUUUCAAGCUCGAUGUGGAAAAGAAACUGAAGGCCGGUUCGGAGCGUCUCGCUGUGCUGUACAAGAAUGAUCCUUCGAUGGGCGACAAAAAGAACAGGGCUGGCGUCCAUGGGGAACUCUUGGAGAGUAACGAAAAGAUUGUCCUGUUGAAGCGCGCCCUUCAAAAGUACCAACAGCUCUUUGUUCCUGGCAUGGAGGACGAUGAUGAGGAUGAACCUGAAGUGACUAACAGAGUUGGAGCUGGUCUACGCAAGCCCAACACUGGAACUUUGCAGAUCCGUGUCAUUGCAGUGAAGCAGCAGAACAACGCGCCAACAAGGACAUUGAAGGCGCCAGAGACAUUGUGUAUCAUCAAGGUCGAUGGCGUUCCUCGUGCCAAGACUCGCCCCGUUCGCUCGGGCACUCAGGGUGCUCGAUGGAACGAGGACUUUGACAUCCCGGUAGAGAAGGCAAGCGAAGUCGAGUUGACACUGUACGAUAAGCCAGACAACCAUCUUAUUCCCAUCGGAAGUCUUUGGGUCAAGAUCUCUGAUAUCACUGAUGAGCUGCGUCGAAAGAAGGUCGAACUGGAGAGUGGCCCAGGAUGGGCACCCGCUGGUGUGGCUGGUCAGGUCUCAACGAAUGGGAAUGGACAGUUGGAUGGACAGGCAGCACCCGGAGUCGCAGGGUACGGAGGAGGAGGGUUCAACAACGGAAACGGCAACAACAACCAAGCCGCUACAGUGGAUGGAGUUGAGAGUUGGUUUGAUCUUGAGCCUGUCGGUCAGGUCUGCAUCAAGUUCAACUUUGUCAAGGACACGGUUGGAGUGAAGCGAUACCCCUCGAGGCUCGGUCGUGCAGGAGCUGUCCGUAAGAGAAAAGGAGAGGUCAAGGAGGUCAAUGGACAUCAGUUUGUCGUCCAGCAGUUUUACCAGAUCAUGCGUUGCGCUCUUUGCUCUGAUCUCUUCUCGGGCGCUGGCGCUCAAUGUGAAGACUGCAAGUAUACCUGCCAUCGCAAGUGUUUCGAAAAGGUUGUGACAAAGUGUAUCUCAAAGUCCAAGGCAGACGUGGAUCCAGACGAGGAGAAACUCAACCACAGGAUUCCCCAUCGAUUCGAGGCAUUCACCAACCUCUCUGCCUCCUGGUGCUGCCACUGCGGCUACAUCCUUCCCCUUGGAAAAAAGGGCGCAAAGCGCUGCACAGAGUGUAGCGUUACAAGUCACGCUACCUGCUCCCAUCUGGUUCCUGACUUCUGUGGCAUGGAUAUGGAAAAGGCCAACAUGAUUCUGAUGGAAAUCAAGCGUGCGAAGAGAAACACAACCGACAACAGGGUGAACUCGACAUCGACCGCCAGCUCGCGUUACUCGGUUGCUCGCCCCACUCAGUCCGAAUCUGGACUCUCGUCACCGAUCGACAACCGAUUCCCAGCAGGCUCUCAGCGGAUGGAUUACAGCCAGCGCCCCGAUCCUGGCUCGCCCGACUCUCGUGGAUCAUACAGACAGCCUGUUUCGCCCCAAUCACCGCUUUCUGGCCACAAUGCUUCGAUGGGCGGAAACCAGUCUCAGACUCAGCCUACCUCGCCUCGUCAGCCGCCUCCAAAGUUGCAAAUGCCUCCUCACUCCAACUCAGGCAGCCCCUACUUGGGUCAGGGACCGAUUCAUGGAUCGCCUGCCUCUAUCGACCAUAGCUCGCUGUCGCUGAAGCAAGAGUACGAGGUCGAGGAGCCUGGCCAGUUGCAGCUAGAGAUUGAGCAGCAGAUGAUGAUGCAACAGCAGCAGCAACAGCAGCACCAACAACAACAGCAGCAGCAACAACAACAACAACAGGAGCAGCAACAACAGCAGCAGCACCUCCAUCAGCAGCAAGAGCGCCUUCACCAGCAAGAGCUUCUGCAACAGCAAGAGAUGGCACAUCAGCAGCGCCUCCAGCAGGAGCAGCAGAAGCAGAUUCAACAACAGCAACUUCAACAACAGCAGCAGCAGCAAAUGCAACAACAACAGCAAAUGCAACAGCAGCAACAACAGUACCAGCAGUACCAGCAACAACACCAGCAACCUUCUUAUGGUCAACAGAGAGCCACGAGCCACACCCAGCAGCAGCAAAGGCCCAUGCACGGCCAGCAGCAACAACAGAACCAAGUCGCAAAGAAGUCAGGCCAACAAGUUGGUCACCAACCCCGCAAGGUUGGUCUUGAGGAUUUCAACUUCUUGGCUGUCCUGGGCAAGGGUAACUUUGGAAAGGUCAUGUUGGCUGAGGACAAGAUGACAAAGGGGCUCUACGCCAUCAAGGUCCUGAAGAAGGAGUUCAUUAUCGAGCACGAUGAAGUGGCCAGUACUCGAUCGGAGAAGCGUGUUUUCCAAGCUGCCAACAAGGAGCGCCAUCCUUUCUUGGUUGGACUUCACUCAUGCUUCCAGACAGAGACCCGUAUCUACUUUGUGAUGGACUAUGUCUCCGGAGGAGAUCUGAUGUUGCACAUUCAGCGCGAGCAGUUCUCGGAGCGUCAGGCCAAGUUCUAUGCUUGCCAGGUCUUGUUAGCUCUUGAGUACUUCCACAAGAACAACAUUAUCUACCGUGAUUUGAAGUUGGACAACAUUCUGUUGGCUCUGGAUGGACACAUCAAGAUAGCCGAUUACGGUCUGUGCAAGGAGGACAUGUACUAUGGAUCGACCACCAACACCUUCUGUGGUACCCCCGAGUUCAUGGCUCCCGAGAUUCUCAGUGAACAAAAGUACGGACGUGCCGUCGACUGGUGGGCGUUCGGUGUGUUGAUCUACGAGAUGUUGCUCGGACAGUCGCCAUUCAAGGGAGACGACGAAGACGAGAUCUUUGAGGCCAUCUUGGAAGACGAGAUUCUUUACCCCAUCAACAUGUCGCGAGACUCCGUCUCCAUCCUUCAAAAGCUGUUGACUCGUGAUCCUGAGAAGCGUCUUGGAAGUGGCAAGACGGAUGCGGAGGAGAUCAAGCGCCACCCCUUCUUCAAGGGUGUGAACUGGCAGGAUAUUCUGGACAAGAAGGUGCCUCCACCAUUCUUCCCUAAGGUCCGCGGACCAACCGAUACCUCUAACUUUGAUUCUGAGUUCACUCGCGAGAUCCCAGUGCUGACGCCCGUCCACAGCCAUCUGACGGGUAACGACCAGGCCAACUUCCAGGGCUUCUCGUAUGUUGCCGAAUGGCUCUAA